AUGGAGUCGUCACGUAUCUUCGUUCGUGGCUUACCUCCCAAGUUCAGCGAAGACGACGUGAGGAGGCACUUCGGAAGCUUGAAGCUACCCGUCACUGACGUAAAGUACUUUCCGCACCGAAGGAUAGGCUAUGUUGGCUACAAGACGCCCGAAGAUGCUGCAAAGGCGGUCAAGUAUUUCAAUAAGACCUUCAUCAAGCUCACCAAGAUCCAUGCCGAAAUUGCACGGCCUAUUGCCGACAAGGAACUACCAAAGUCCCGGCGGCAGCAGAAACUUGAGAAGAGCGCUCCGAUAAGCGACGAGUACCGACCGCAACGGCAAGAAAACGAUCUCAAGCGAAAGCGAGAAGAAGCCGAACAGGAUCCGAAGCUGAAGGAGUUCCUCGAGGUCUAUCAGCCGCCAUCCAAGACUAGCAUCUGGGCCAAUGGCGAUACACAGCUUAAUGACACUUCUAUUGCUCCCGCCGAUGAGGCUGUACCAGAGGUUGCUGUGCCAGAAGACGAGAGCGAUGACGAGUAUCAAGUCAUUUCGAAAAAGCCAAAGAUUGCAGAAGAGCCUGCGGUUGUUGUUGCAGACCCACAGCCCACAGCCGCCGAGGCGAGCGCAACAGGGCUCCAAGCAGAAGUGGCAAAUGGAGGCGACGCGAUGGAAGACAUCCAAGGAGCGCCAGCUGUCGAACAAGGACCUGUGUCUGAUGCGGACUGGUUGCGAUCAAGAACAAACAGGGUUCUUGAGCUAGUCGAAGACGACGAGGCACCAUCGAAUGCGACUGUCGCAACUGUGCCACAGGGAACAGCCCCGCAGACUCAUGUAACCGCUGCGCCCUCCCCGGGCGUUGUUGAGGCGCAGCCGGAGCCACAACUCCAAGCGGAAGAGCAGCCCGACGAUGCUGCUGCGCCCAACGAAGAAGACAAGAUUCGUGAAACUGGUCGACUGUAUCUCAGAAACCUGCAUUACGAGGUGACAGAAGACGAAAUCAAAGAACAAUUCUCCAAACAUGGAGCUCUCGAGGAAGUGCAUGUGCCACUAAAGAAGGCCGACGGGAAGGGCAAAGGUUUUGCCUUUGUUCAAUUCCAAAACCCCAACGAAGCAGUUGAAGCAUACCUCGACAACGAUAAUACCAUUUUCCAGGGACGUCUUCUCCACAUCAUCUCAGCAAAGGCAAAGAAAGACACUAAGCUCGACGACUAUGAGAUCUCUAAGUUGCCUCUCAAGAAGCAGAAGGAGAUCAGAAGAAAGCAAAAUGCUGUCAAGGCUACUUUCAACUGGAACUCACUCUACCUGAACGCUGAUGCGGUUAUGUCUACCAUCGCAAGUCGUAUGGGUAUCAGCAAAGCUGAGUUGCUCGACCCCACGUCAGCAGAUGCCGCAGUUAAGCAGGCGCAUGCUGAGACUCACAUCAUUCAAGAGACAAAAUCAUACUUUGCGCAACACGGCGUUGACUUGGAGGCCUUCCAGCGCAGCGCCAAGGGUGAUCUUGCUAUCCUUGUCAAGAACAUACCUCAUGGUGUAACGGCCGAUGAGCUUCGCAAGAUGUUCGAGGAACAUGGCACCGUAACAAAGUUUCUGAUGCCACCCACCGGUAUGACAGCAAUUGUUGAGUUUUCCAAUGUUGCGCAAGCGAAGACUGCAUUCAUGUCGUUGUCUUAUCGGAAGAUGAAAGACUCGAUUCUCUAUCUCGAAAAGGCUCCCAAGGAUCUGUUCAAGGAAGGUGUGGCAACCAACUUUGUGCAAACGACACCUACUGCACAACCUGUGCAGUCUACACAGCCUGGCGCGAAGCUUUCUGCGACUGAUCUGCUUGUUGAUGCCCCAGAGCCCGAGGCAACGAACACCGCUACCUUGUAUGUGCGAAACUUGAACUUCUCCACGACGACCGAGCGUCUCACGGAGGCAUUCAAACCUCUAUCCGGCUUCCGUAGCGCCAAGGUCAAGACAAAGAUCGAUCCCAAACGAGGCGUGCUGUCCAUGGGCUUUGGCUUCGUCGAGUUCAAUAGCCCCGAAACUGCCACUGCAGCGUUAAGAGCUAUGGAUGGACAUGAUCUUGAAGGACAUAAACUGCAGAUAAAAGCUUCUCACAAGGGCGCAGAUGCUGCUGAAGAACGUCGCAACGAGGAUGCCGCAAAGAAGGCGGCAAGCACGAAGAUUAUCAUCAAGAACUUGCCCUUCGAAGCCAGCAAAAAGGACGUUCGCGCUCUUUUUACCCCUUACGGCCAGCUUCGGUCUGUCAGAGUGCCCAAGAAAUUCGAUGCGUCUUCGCGUGGUUUUGGUUUCGCAGAGUUCACCACAAAACGCGACGCCGUCAACGCUAUGAACGCAUUGAAGAACACUCACUUGCUCGGUCGCCGGUUGGUCCUUGCAUUUGCUGAGACCGAAUCCGAUGACCCCGAGAAGGAACUGGAGAAGAUGCAACAGAAGGUGGGAGCACAGGCCAACAAGGUCGCCUUGCAACGCCUUACAGAAGGUGGUCGCAAGAAAUUUAACGUUGCAGGCACUGAUGAUCUUGACGACUGA